GUAAAGAGGAACGACGGCACGGGGCCAGAGGCCGGACAGCUGGGCCGCACGCACCGGAACCGAGCGGAACUGCGCGAAAAGCAGCGAAGAGAAGAAUGCUGCGUGUCGUGAACGCGGCACUGCGAGGAAUCGUAGCGAGGACGACAAGCACGAGUGCAGUGAGUUGCGUUACUUCAAGAUGCGACUCUGUUUUCAAUUCUGUACAUAGAGGAUUUGGGGCACUGUCAAUCGCCGUCCAAAAAUGGGCAGCUACUGGACCUACACAACACAAGACAUUACUAAAUUAUGCGGCGACGGAAAAUCGUCUAACUUUGCCAGCAGAACCUGUUAAUGUGCCAGUGAGAACACUAAUCAAGUUUUCCAUGACAAAAGGAAAGCGGCGGACCGUGAAGACGGUUGUAAAACGUUUCUACCGACUGCACUGGGGUAUCUGGAUCAGAACGAUGACAGGUCGACAUAACAAACUAUGGACAAAAUCAAUCUCUAGAAAGAAAAGACUGCGGCGACACGUAUUCUGCAAUGCCACGCAGUCGACGUUACUCGACAAGAUGACGUCUAAAUACUGGAAGAGACGACACUACUACGUCGACGAUCCGUACGAGCCGUAUCACAACCGCGAAGAGUUUAUGAUCACCCGGAGAAAACCGUUACCUUAAUCAUUACCUAAUUGUUAAUUACUAGAAUUAUUGAAGGAGUAUUAAAGAUAUUGCUAUUAAA